AUUGGGCCGUAAGCCCAUGAAGAGCUGUGAAGCUCUAGGGUUUCUCGCCUCCUCAUAGACCUCCGCCGCCGCCUCAGUUUUUCCCCUGUUGGAAGAGUUCGUGCCAAGGCCAGCACUCACCCUCCCAUCCCUCCUCUCCGGCCGCAACCCCACCGCCGCCGCCAUGGUGAAGUACUCGAGGGAUCCGUCCAACCCGACCAAGUCGGCCAAGGCCUGUGGCAAGGAUCUCAGGGUCCACUUCAAGAACACACGCGAGACAGCGUUUGCUCUUCGCAGGAUGCCUUUGGGCAAGGCUAAGAGGUACCUUGAGGAUGUUCUCGCCCACAAGCAAGCGAUUCCCUUCCGGAGAUACUGCAGAGGUGUGGGUCGUACUGCGCAAGUAAAGAACCGCCAGCCAAAUGGGCAGGGUCGCUGGCCUGCAAAGUCGGCCCAGUUCGUGUUGGAUUUGCUGAAGAAUGCUGAGAGUAACGCUGAGGUUAAAGGCUUGGACGUCGACAACCUCUACAUUUCACACAUCCAGGUGAACCAAGCCCAAAAGCAGAGGCGCCGUACAUACCGUGCUCACGGACGCAUCAAUCCUUACAUGUCCAACCCCUGCCACAUUGAGCUGAUCUUGUCAGAGAAGGAAGAGCCUGUGAAGAAGGAGGCUGAUAACGUCGUCGCACCAAGGAAAGCUAUCUAAGCUACCGGAAUGGAUGCAUUCGUCCAACAGUCUUAGUUGUAGUUCUUCUCAAGUACCUUUGUUGGCAGUGUUUGUUGCCUCCUUGAUGUUUUUGUUACCAACAUUGAGUAAGGAUUUGUUAAGGUUGAUGCUAUCCUUGUGAUUGCGAGUGGUCUUUAUAUGCUAAAACAGUUUCAGAUAUUUGAGCAUUAGCACACCAGAACUUAUUUCUCAGAGAUGCUGGUCCUUUCGGGCUCUUCACUUUGAGUAUUAUAUCCACUUUUUAGUUGCUCUGAA